CACCUGACCUCCCUGGACCUCCACUCCUGUAACCGCGUUCCUGCCGCCUCGUUGGCCGCGCUGAUCGAAGGUUUGCCCCGUCUCACCAAGCUUUGUCUGGCGGACACUCAGUGCGACUCGCUGGUUUUGGAGGCCAUCGGAAGGAGUUGCCGGAGACUCUGUGAAUUGGACGUGUCCCGAUGUAAGAAGGUUUCCCCAGCCUCCUUGUUGUCCUUGGUGUACGACGGUAAGGGCGCCAUCUUCUCCUGCCAGGCGCUGCGGAUCCUCCUUCUCCAAGACGUGAAACCCAAGGGCAGCCCGGAGCAGUGGGUACAGGCGCUGUGCUUUGUCCUGCUGGCACUGCCCUGCCUGGAGCAACUCCCCAACCCUUCUCUACCCGCCGCCCUGAGCCUUCUGUACGAGGGACGUUUUACCAACCUCGGCCCGUGCUUCAAUGGCUUUCCUCCACUGGCGGAGGUCGCCCGCGCUAGGGCGGUGAACGGAGUACAGAGUGCAAGGAGCCAUCAGCCGAAUUCUGCUGCAUCCUCACCGAAGGUCCACCACCAGAUGUCGGCGGUGACAGAUGGGCCGAGCCUUCGUCUGAGGAAGCUGGAGGACCUGGAGGAGGAUGACGUGGCGCUGCUUGGGUCUCUGUGCCCGCUGGUGGAGGAGGUUGCUUUCUCUCUCAGCAGCCGGCCGUUGGGAACCUGGAGUUUAGCGCAAUGGCCGCACCUCAGCCAGCUGACCCUGCACUGCUCGGAGAAGCCGGAGAGGACCUUGGAGGAGUUCCUGGCCGCGUUGCAGGUCAUAGGGAACAGUCUGCGGGUUCUCUCCGUCCAGAACCUCCUGUGGUGUCAGGACCAGUCCCUGACCGCUCUGCUGACCAUGUGCCCGAAUCUCCAGAGCUUCCAGGGUUACUUCGUGGUGCCCCGCCAGGACCUUCUGCCCAAUGAGCCGGAGCUUCCACCUUGGCCCGGGGUCCCCCUGCCCCUCCCCCGCCUGCACACUUUCAGUUUGAUGAUGGAAGGGGAGGGCUUGUCUCAGAGCGUCUUCCAGCAUAAAUUGGGGGGCUUCCUGGUGUCCAUCCUAAAGGGGAGCCCCCAGCUGGAAUCCCUGUCCCUCUUCGGGGUCCCAUCCCCCCUCGAUAGCGUGUUUGAGGUUGUGUACGGGUCAGGUCCACCCCGACCCCUUCAGAGACUGAGAACUGUGUCCUUGUGCAGCAGUAACGUCACCCAGUGGGGGGCGUCCCUCAUCAUUCGCUCCAGGAGUGACCUGAGGGCUCUGGAUUUGUCUCACUGCAAGGAGGUGACCUGCCGGGACCACCACCAGCUCCAGGAGCGGGCACGCAAGGAGAAACUCAACCUCGCCAUUAGCUGGGUGUGA